AUGAAAACCAAGAUGGAACUGGCCAUGGAGUCUAUCAUCAACACCUACCACCAGUAUUCUGCAAGGGAUCCCCUUGAUGACUACCUGAGCAAGCCAGAGUUCUCCCAGCUGAUGAAGGAGACUGCUGAGCACUUCCUCCACAACACCAUACCGCCUAACAUGACCAUCGAUGACUACAUCAACAAACUCUUCACCAAAGCUGAUGCCAACCACGACGGUCGCCUGAAGUUCACCGAGUUCCUGACCACACUGAGCCUUGUAGCCAUUGAUGCCCACAAUAAGUCCCAUGAGGGUCCUGGUGGGGACCAUGGCCAUGACCAUGACCAUGGCGGCCGUGGCCAUGGCCACAGCCACGGCCGCCAGCCCCGAAACUGA